CUUGUUUGGCUUGCCGUAGUUGUUGUCAGGGGGGGCCUGUAGAAUUCAAAAUGGCGGCGCCCUUGAAGCUGCUUUGUACGUCAGUCUUGAGGCAGACUGUGCGCCCCUUUUCAUCCACCUGUGCAGUUCAUGCAGGGAAGAAAUGGAGACUAGAGAACGGCUUAGCCUGGACUGGAUCAGAGUACGGACCAUUAACAGAUCUGCCUGACUGGUCAUUCGCAGACGGCAGACCUGCACCUCCUCUGAAAGGACAAAUCAGGAGGCAGAAGCAGAGGGAAGACUUUGCAAGGAGAGCAGUGAACCUGAAUGCAGAGGUGGAUCAGGCGAUAGAGAAAUGGGGGGCAGAAAAGGAGGAGAAGGAGAGAGCGAGGGAGCAGCUAAAAUCCUCUAUGCUUAAACCUAAAGGAAAACUGUUAUUAAAGAACAAAAACAAAUAAAUCAAUAUAUAAAAAAUGUGUGUCUUUCAUUGUUAGUCAUGCUAAAUGUUUUAUUGUUGCUAACAUUUUUAUGUGAGAUAUUUGAUAGUUCAUAUCUAUUAUAUGUAACUGUGCUAACUGGAUUGCUAUAUACAGCUGAAGUGUAGCAUAUUGAAGUGUAGCAGAACUCCCAAAACCUUUGGCAAUAUACACUAUAUUGCAAAAAGUUUUGGGACCCCCCUCCAAAUCAUUGAAUUCAGGUGUUGUUUUCAGAUGUUGGGCUCGGCCCCUUAGUUCCAGUGAAAGGAACUCUUUAUGCUUCAGCAUAUAAAGACAUUUUGG